AUGGCGAUCCAAAAGAAGCACGGCAAGGGAAGACUUGAUAAAUGGUAUAGGCUCGCCAAAGAGAAGGGAUAUCGAGCUCGAGCAGCUUUCAAGUUAAUCCAAUUAAACAAGAAAUAUGGCUUCCUGGAAAAGAGCAGAGUGCUCCUGGAUCUCUGCGCCGCGCCCGGCUCGUGGUGCCAAGUUGCAGCUGAGAGCAUGCCCGCAUCAAGUCUAAUCAUCGGUGUCGAUUUAGCUCCCAUAAAACCCAUUCCUCGAGUCAUUUCCUUCCAGAGCGAUAUCACCACCGAUAAGUGUCGAGCGACCAUUCGGCAACAUAUCAAACAUUUGAAGGCCGAUACUGUUUUACACGACGGCGCCCCCAAUGUGGGGGUCGCAUGGGUGCAGGACGCAUUCUCACAGGCCGAACUGGUUUUGCAGUCAAUGAAAUUGGCGACGGAAUUCUUGAAAGAAGGAGGGACAUUUGUUACAAAAGUAUUUAGAUCCAAAGACUACAAUGCGCUGCUCUGGGUAUUCAAGCAGUUAUUUGUAUCAGUGGAGGCCACCAAACCUCCCUCUUCGAGAAAUGUCUCUGCUGAGAUUUUUGUCGUCUGCAGAGGAUUCAAGGCCCCCAAAAGACUGGACCCGAAAUUUCUGGACCCGAAGCAUGUUUUUGCCGAGUUGCAGGAGCCGACGCCGAAUAACGAAGCGAAGGUUUUCAAUCCGGAAAAGAAGAAAAGAAAGAGAGAAGGUUAUGAAGAAGGAGACUGGACUCAGCACAAAGAAGUGUCGGUCAGCGAGUUCAUCCAUACGACCGACCCGAUCGCCAUUCUGGGUUCAGUCAAUAAACUGAGCUUUGAACAAUCUUCCAAUGGUGAUCUUGCACUGGCAACCCUGGAUCGGCUACCGGAGACGACGCAAGAAAUUCGAGAUUGCUGCGCUGAUCUGAAAGUUCUGGGAAGGAAAGAAUUCAGAACGUUACUCCGUUGGCGAUUAAAAGUACGAGAUAAAUUUGGUAUGUCCAGUAAAGUAAAAAAGCAGCAAGAGGCAGAAAAUGCAAAGGAAGCCGACGAAGUGGCGGAAGUUGAACCAAUGGAUGACGAGCUCAGAAUCCAGGAAGAAUUACAGCGGCUCAAGGACCAGCACACAAAGGAGAAGAGGAAAGAGCGACGAAAGGAAAACGAGAGGAAACGGAAAGAGAUAGUAAGGAUGCAGAUGCACAUGACGGCUCCUUAUGAUAUUGGACUGGAACAGCAAGGACCCGCCGGCGAAGGUUCCAUGUUCCAUAUCGCGUCGGCCAAUACAGCACAAGAUCCUGCCGAGAUUGCUAAAGGUCGAAUGGAAGAUGUCGAAGAUGUCGAAUCCGAAGAAUCCCAAGACGAACCAGAAGAAGAAGAUUCAGACGACGAUGGAGACAGACUCGAGCGGCAACUCGAUUCCAUGUAUGAGCUGUACCGACAGAGACGAGAAGAAGCAGACGCUAAAACACGAGCGAAAAGAGCGAGGAAAGAAAAAGAAACAGACGAAUGGGGCGGUUUGUCAGACGAUAAUGACAAAGCUGGCGACGUUACCUCGGAUGCGGAGACAGAUUUCGAAGACGAUGACCGCAUGCAACAGAUUCCCCAAAGCGAAGGACUGUCCACGAAGGCAGCCAUGUUCUUCGAUCAAGAUAUAUUCCAAGAUCUUGGUAUUGAAGACGACAAUGACGAGAAAGACAGUGCCAUAGAGCUGGACGACGAAUCAUCCGACCAAACGAAACCGGUAUCCGCGAAAUCGCAAGCGAACCAGAAACAAACCAAACCCUGCAAAUCGGCACGGAAGAAAUCACAAAAGGCUCCUGUCCCAGAAGACUCAGACUCGGGCUCGGAACCAGAUACCUCGCCCACAUCAAGUACCCAGCCCUCACGUCCUGAAGACCCUUUUCUCCCCAAUGGUCAACUCGACAUCGACAUCAUCACCGCCGAAGCCAUGACCCUCGCCCAAUCCCUCGCGACCAAACGCACCAAACCUGCCGACCUCGUCGACGACGGCUUCAACAAAUACUCGUUCCGCGACACCGACGGCCUCCCCGACUGGUUCCUCGACGACGAAAACCAACACUCGAAACCACACCGACCCAUCACCGCCUCCGCCGCGGCGGCAAUCAAAGAGAAGCUCCGGGCUCUCAACGCCCGACCUAUCAAGAAAGUCCGCGAGGCCAAGGGCCGCAAGAAACUCAAAGCGGCGCAACGUCUGGAGAAACUUCGGAAAAAAUCUGCGCUCUUGGUCGAAGAUGAAGGCAUCAGUGAAAAGGAUAAAGCGGCGAGUAUUUCGAAGUUGAUGGCACGGGCGGCGAAGAAGGGUCGCCCCAAAGAGAAAAUCAAGCUUGUUGUGGCGAGGGGUGGACAUAAGGGCAUUGCUGGGCGGCCAAGGGGCGUGAAAGGGAAGUAUAAGAUUGUGGAUGCGAGGUUGAAGAAGGAUGUUAGGGCGGAGAAGAGGUUGAGGAAGAAACUCAAAAAAUAG